AGGCACUUAAUCAACCAUGGCAGAAUUUCUCAGAAAAGCUGAAAAAGGUCUAAUGCUAAAUAUAAAAUGAAUCCAGAAUGAUUUGCAACAUACCAGAACUGUCACUUCUACUUCUCACUGGAUUUUAAAAAUCAAGAUCUGUGAUGGAUUCUGCAGAAGAUAAUUUCAAGAAGGUUGUUUGUGAUACCACAAAUGGAAGUACGAGUAAGGAUGAUAGUGAUGAUAUGGAUAGCGACGUUAUCGACAGUGAGGAAAUAGGCUGCAUUUCAACAAAGAAAAACAAAGAGGGUGGGAGUACAAGUGACCAUGAUGAGGGGGAUGAGACCAGUGACAAGGCAGAAGCAGCUGUUGUGCAGAUGCUUAAAGAAAAGGAAGACAAAGAAAAAGAAGUUGAAGACCCAGAUUAUGGUAAAGCUUAUAAUAUCCUGACCACUGAAGAAGUGGCACAGAAGGAAUCACAAACUGAAGGCAAAGAUUUCAGAGUUCUUCAGAAUGAGUGGGAUUCCAAAAGCCCUGAAAUCAGAAAGCAUCUUGAAUUUCUGAAGAUUUUGAAGCUACACGUUUGGCCGUCCCUAUCAAGAGCUCGGUAUGUCAGUUUGUUAAAAGACUUCGUUGAGUCUGAAUUCUUUGUGAUAGAUGGGGAUUCCUUAAUUCUUAUGUUGUUAAAUGAGGAAGUACAGUAUCUAACCUUAUUCUACCGAAUUGAAUGCUUCUUGCAAGACUUCACUCAAAGAGGAGCAAGAUAUAUUGUUGUUUUCUUCAAGGAUGCAGAGCAGAUGUAUUUUCGCUAUCCUCAUUUUCUUUUCUUACGUACUGCAUUAAUAGAACACCUGAAGCACAACACACGCACUACUGUUCAUACAGAAUUUUCCAAUUGUUUAUCACCAGCAUGGGAGGUUUUCCUGAAGAAAAGCUAUCCUUAUUUCAUCAUUGUAUCUGACAUAGGAUUGACCUCUCUCCAAACCAACUAUUUGACUAUUUUUAUUGCUCAUUCAUUGUCAAAGAAAAUCACUAUUGUACUUGCUUCAGGACAGGAAUGUGAUACUCUUAGAGUUUAUGGGUAUCAUCUUCAGAGUAUGGCGAAACACAGGUUAUUUUUUCAAAAGUAUGAAAAAGAUCUGCGAUGUGUCUGUGAAGCCAUAGUCAGGUACAAAGAACCAUCCCUGUAUCUGUAUGGACAUCUCAAGCUAAGCCUGAAAAGUGUACAAGAAGAGGUUUGCCGGACUAUCCCUCUGUUGAAACAGCUGUGGCCUGAAGGAUCUGACAUUCGGCGCGUAGUCUGUGUUCUUGCUUGUGCAGUGGGGUUAAAAAUAUACAGUGAUAUGCUGACAAAUGCACAUGCUUCCAGGGGAACAAAGACAGAGAAAUCAGAAAGCGGAAGAAGUAAACCACCAUCUCCAGAAGCAGCAGCUGACCUCUGUAGAAUGCAAUGUCUUACAGUGGUUUUUCUUCUUCAUAUGCCUCUUUCUCAGAGAGCUCAGAUUAGGGUUAUGAAAUCCUGCUGGACUAAGCAAGUUUUACCAAUAAUGAAAAUGCAACAGUUGUGUGUGCAUUUUGUUCUGAAAGAGCUAAGUGAUAAAAAUGAUUGGAAACUGGAUUUAACAUAUCUUCCUGACCUAAAUGAUGAGUCACUGCUCAAAAAUCUUGCACAUUACUAUCAGAUUGAAUACACUAAAGGAUUAGAAUUCCAAAAGGAACUGGGGAAAGAAAUGGAGGAUGAAUAUCUAAGUUUAUGGGAUGCUGUAACCAAAUUGACUGUGAAAUAUGGUUUUGGAGAUGCUUUCCCAAUACGAACUACUUCCCAAGUGUUCCUUGAUCAGGAACAGACAUCACCUAGAGUGUAUGAAGACAAAAUUCCUGCUAUAGGACUAUUCCCAGUGAAAUCUGAUCUUGUUAAAGAGUAUGCUGGAGAUAUUUUGAAAGACCUACCUGUUUUAGAUGACAAUGAUCCUGCAGUUUCUUCACUUACUAAAUACAAGGAAUUUGAUGAGCUUCGUCACUGGCAUUCUGGCAGACCAUUGACUGAGGAGUAUGAACGUGUACACUGCAACGCUGAUGCAAAAUCCAAAGAUCCAUAUGAAAGAAAACAAAUUCAAAAGUUACAGACUUUUUAUCGUUUUUAUGGAAGCACAUUGCAAGAGGGCACUUCAAAGUUUGUUGUAUGCCAAAAGAAUGCACCAGGGAGUGCUAAUAAUCCCGUCAAAAAGAAAAAAAUGCAAAAAAGUAAAGCAGAAAUAAUUGCAGAGGAAAACAACAAGCGACUAAAAAUUAAAGAAGAAAUGAAAGAACAGGAGCAAUGGAAAACCUUGCAGAUAUCAACUGAAAAGGAAAUAAAAGCAAAUCUAACUGUUGGAAUAAACAAAUUGGAGAAGUUUCUCAAGAAUCUUAAAAGUAAAUCUGUGAAGUUCAGCGUAGAAUUGUCAGGACUGUCUGCCUGUUUAGAAGUAUGGAAGGAACACUGCAAAAAACAAGAUACUAAAUCUAAAGAUUUAAGCAAAGCUGUUCAACUCAUGAGGAGAAUUCAUAUCCUCCUUGAAAAAUAUCAAGACCUCUUGGAGAAAUCACAUCUACAAAAACUGACCCAAUGUCUACGACUUCUUGGAUUUGAGAAUUUGGCAUGUUCACUGUCUGGCCAGGUUAGAGAAAAAAGUGAUGGUGAGAAUACAAGUAGAUAUGCUAUUGAGGUGGGACCAGUUCGCUUCCAGCUACAAUACAUGGACUAUUACUUGCUCAGAGAAGAGAGAAAUGAUCCAGAUCCCCGAGUGGAAAAUUUCAUACCAGACACAUGGCAGCGAGAACUUCUUGAUGCUGUUGAUAACAAUGAGUCUGCAGUGAUAGUUGCUCCUACUUCAUCGGGAAAAACAUAUGCAUCAUAUUAUUGCAUGGAGAAAGUUCUGAAAACGAGUGAUGAUGGAGUAGUUGUGUAUGUUGCUCCUACAAAGGCCCUUGUAAACCAAGUGGUGGGAACUGUAUACAGUCGGUUCACCAAGACGCUUCCAGAUGGAUUGGUGGUGUGCGGAGUCUUCACACGAGAUUAUCGUAAUGAUGUCAUGAAUUCUCAGAUAUUAGUGACUGUGCCUCAAUGUUUAGAAAUCUUGAUGCUGUCUCCUCGUUGCCAGAAAUGGGUCAAACGGAUACAAUAUGUUAUAUUUGAUGAGGUCCAUUGUCUUGGUGGCGAAAUUGGAGCAGAGGUUUGGGAGCAUCUUCUGGUAACAAUUCGGUGUCCGUUUUUGGCUCUCUCUGCUACUAUCAGUAACCCAGAACACCUAACUGAGUGGUUACAAAGUGUGAAAAGGUAUUGGCAACGUGCUGAGAACAUGAUAGAAGAAAACUCUACCAACUUUGAAAAGAAUUCUACAAGAAAACUUAAAGUGAAAUCUAAAGUAAAAGAACCAAAAAAAACAUACCGUGUUAGACUAGUCCUGUAUGGAGAAAGAUACAAUGAUUUGGAAAAGUAUGUGUGUUCUUCAACGGGUGGUGAUUUUCUCUUUGAACAUUAUCACCCAUGUGCUGCAUUAACAGUCAAUCAUAUUGAAAACUAUGGUAUUCCUGCAGAUCUUUCUCUGUCUCCAAAAGAGAGUGUUCAGCUGUAUGACACAAUGGUAGAAGUCUGGAAGGAGUGGCCAAGGGCACAGGAGCUAGAUCCUGAGGAGUUUGUCUCUUUCAAGAAUAAAGUAGUAAUAAAAAAGAUGGAUGUGAGGAAAUAUGAACAGGAACUGAAGAAAGAGCUAAGCAAAUGGAUUGAACUUGGCCAAAGACAGAAGGUAUGUGAGCUUCUGGAUCACUUUAAGCCCCAACCGAUGGAUUGCUCAGAUCAGGAAAAAUGGAUGCAAUUUGCAUGCUUUGUUGAAAAAUUGCAUGAGAUGGAUAAAUUGCCUGCCAUAAUUUUUAUAUUUGGCUUAGAUUCAGUGGAGCGUGCAGCCACUAAUGUAUUCAUUCAUUUGAUGGAAAAACAAAAAAAUGAACAAGACCCUAAAGCCAAGAGGGAAAUAGAGGACAUAAAGGACAAACUAAGAAAAGUGGAUAAAUCACUAACGAAAUGCAAGACAAAUGAUACCAAAAAGUUGAAAACCAGUAAAGCGGAAAGCAUAAUACAGCUCUGGACUAUGAAAAAUGAGUUAGAGAAAAGACUUAAAAAGCUUAGUGUGACGCCUUCUGCGUGUACUUACGCUGAUCCUAAAGCAGUAGAUGAAGAUACUUUGAGGAAGAUUUUUUAUCGACUUAGGUUUGAAAGAAAGGGUUAUCUUCAGCAAAUGCUGGCACGGAGGGGCAUUGGAUAUCAUCAUGGAUCUAUGUCCAUAAAGCAGAGACAAGCAGUGGAGAUGCUUUUCAGACUGGGAUAUAUCAAGGUCGUCACAGCUACUUCAACACUUGCUCUAGGAAUCAACAUGCCGUGUAAAUCUGUUGUCUUUGCCGACGAUUCUGUCUAUUUGGAUGCACUGAGCUACAGACAGAUGUCAGGACGUGCUGGAAGACGGGGACAUGAUAUGAUUGGAAAUGUGUUCUUCUAUGAUAUACCACUGCCCAAAAUUGAAAGACUUAUCAAAUCAAACGUACCUCAACUGAAAGGCCAGUUCCCUCUGACUAUUACCUUAAUACUGAGACUCAUGCUGUUGGCUGCGAAGGCUGAUGACAAAGCAGAUGCCAGUGCAAAGGCAUUGUCAGUGUUGAAGCACUCACUGAUGACUUUCAAAAAUGAAAGACAUGCUGAAAUAUUAAAAAUUUAUUUUAUGUUUUCCUUGCAGUUUCUAAUCAAAGAGGGCUACUUGGAUCAAGAAGGUAACCCCGUAGGAUUUGCUGGACUUGUGACUCACUUACACUAUCAUGAACCUUCAAAUUUUGUCUUAGUGAGUUUUCUUGUGAAAGGUUUAUUCCACAAAUUGUGCCAGCCAAUUAAAGGCUCAAAUGACUUUUCAGAUGAUGUCCUGGAAAAGCUAGUGCUUAUUCUAGCAAAUCUGUUUGGGCAGAAGUAUCUUCCGGCCCGCUCAAUGACAUUGAGACACAAAUUUUACCAAUCCAAGGUCUUCCUAGAAGAUCUGCCAGAAGACUUUGCAGAUGCUGUAAAUGAGUACAACACCAAAGUUGCGGAAAAUUUUGCUCAUUUUCUUCUGACAACUGCCAAACUGGCAGAUAAGGAACAAGAAUACAGACUUCCACUGUCAAAGACAGAUUUUACAACUAAAAAAUGGCAUGGCUCUGAACUAGCAUCUUAUUUGAUGGACAACACCAAACGCAUAUCUGCUAUCUCACCCUUUGCGUGUUUAUCUGGAAUGGUUGACGAUGAUCUAUUUCAUGCAGAGAAUGUUAAUAAAGCAGUGCUACGUUCCCUUGGAAUUAAUGUCAAAAACUGCCCUAUGCUUCACUUGAAGAAGUAUGAUAAUCAAGGACGACGCCUGCCACUCAAUGCAUAUGCACUGGACUUUUAUAAGCAUGGUUCCUUGACUGCCUUGACAACUGAUAACUGGUUAAACGAAGGAGAAGCUUACUACCUGCUCAAGGAUUUUUUACUCGUCAUUAAGUCUAUAGGAGUAUCACUGAGUGAACUAUGUGAUGAUCCAAAUGAUAACGUUCUACUGGCAUUUCAAAAACUAGGAGAAAACUACGAUAAAAAACUGGCUGCCGUCUAGUUCUUCUGGGUAAUCUGGAUAAUCAAGAGUAUGUUAACCGAAAAACAAGACACCACCACCAAAAACAAACAAACCCACAGACCUGAAAGCCAGCAGUACAUCAUACUCUUACCACACCUAUGAUUAACUGCCUUUUACAUUAGGAAGUGACUGAGUUCUCAAAUACGUUUCAAAAUAAAACCUCAGUAAUAUCCAGUUUUAGUAAUACAAAGUUUACUAUGCAAAAUCUUGAUAUUUUAGCUGUUGUAAGACAAACUUAUUGUUUUUAAUAGACUGUGAAAGUAGAUAAUAGUAUAUUUUUCUAUUUUAGAUUUUUUUUUUUCCAAGAAGUGAUUUAUGUUAAGACAACUCUCAAAUAUACUUAGUAAAUAUAAUCAAAGAUAAUCUCAGGGACUAAUUGCAUAUAGGACAACAUUGGAAACUUUCAAUGCAUUACUUCAGCAAUUAAAUUGUUCUAAAUAUUUUUCCAAGGUUGCUGUUUUAUUAUGUAGCACCUUCCUGAACUUUUAUGAAAGCUCUUAACUCAUUCUGCAGUUUUAGCCUACAAAACUUGAUGUGUAAAGAAGGUUUGUAUAAAAACGAAGUUUGCUUAAUAAAAUUUUGCAACCAUA